AUGGAAGAUGUUAUAUUUGAAAUACCAAAUCAAUAUAGCAACAGAUUCCUAUUGAAUGGUGAACCAAACAAUCAAGCCAUUAUCAAAUGUGUGAACGGUAAGGAAUUUGAAGUUCUUUUGACUAAACAUAAAGAUGCGGUUGUGUUCAUGGAUGGUUGGGAACAUAUUGUAGCCAAACUAUCGUUUACGGACGGUUGUUUUCUGAUGUUUAAGCAAAUUGACUUGUAUUCGUACUUGUUAACACCCUUUAAUAAUAUGCAAGACCAUCCGAUCUUCGGAUCUAAUGUUCCUUUGUUUACCUCCAUGUCUACCGAGAAAACGAUAAGCAAUGUUGAGUACUUCUGUCAACGCUUCACACAAGAGUCCAAUGAUAAUUUGAUAAUUCCUGCUGAUUUCGUUGAAGAUACAAUACGUUUACCAUCUAUUAGCAAGUUAACAUUCAAGGUCCAUGUUAAUUUGUGGGACAGUUUUGAUGUGAUGAUUCAGAAAGACCGUAAUCUUAAGGUGUAUCUUCUCUACGAUUCAUGGGACAAUGUUGUGUCUUACGUACCUAUAUACCCGGACUAUUAUGUUGUGAUGAGGUACAUUUUUAAACAAAAUUUCCAGCUGGUUGUUUAUGACUUGAAUGGUUGUGAGAUUCUUGUGCCGAAGCGUGUAUAUACGAUUGCUGCUGUAAACAUACCUAAGCCAGGUACUUUAAAUAUUGAAACACAAGACACCGAUGAUGAAACCAAUCAUGAAAACGAUGAGGAUGAAUUUGAUCCAGAUUAUAAUGAAUCAAUGGAUGAUGAUUCUGUUGAUGUUUCUUCUAUCUUAACUAACUCUGAUAUCGAUGGAAUGUAUAAUGAGGAAGACGUUGAAGUUUCAGAUUGUGAAGAAGAUAAAAAGGGUGAUCUGGACUACAAUCCUAUUGAGUUUGAAUGGAAGUACGACAGGCGUUUUCGUCUAAGUGCUGAUCUUGCUGAAGCAUCAAGAAUUGACGUGACUAUGGAGAUGUAUGUACAGAACUUGGAUGGAGUGGAUACGUUGAUUUCAUUUCGUGGUGAGAAAAACGGUGGUGGUUUUCGAUAUGAGGCUUUGGAAUGGCGUACGAAAUUUACCAAACCAAAUGGUAUCAAUCCUCCUGCUAAGUGCACGUUUGUUUAUUGCCCAGUUCAAAAGAAAUUGAUUUUGAAGAAGGUUGUCAAAUAGUUCCUUUCAAACUUAGGAAUUUUGUUGGUUGGCUACUUUAGGUUCAUCUCAUUUUGGGACUUUAUCUUAUAAUGCUUUUUGAACGUAUUAACAGAUGAUGAUGUAAACCUUUUUAGACUACUAAAUGAUA